AUGAACAUCAGCAAUGGUUGUCUUCCAUUUGAGAAGAUGCCUAGUACAUUUUGUUUUCCAGCAACAGAAGUGGCUGUUCUCUAUCAAAUUUUUGUUGAUACAGCUAGUUUCCAUUCGAUUCCAUUCGCAAAAGUUGCUUAUCAAAGCAUAUUUCAAGAUGAAGAUGAAGUACUAUUCUCAAUGGCACCAGUCUUUCGUGUUGAUGCUGUGAAACAAGAUGGUACAUUGUGGAUUGUUGAUUUAACACUAACGAACAAAGAAGAUAAACAAUGGAAUUUGCUAACUGCACAUUUGAAUAGAUAG